ACUGGACACACAAACAGGCUGGAACGAGAACAGGUGAAGCAGUAAACGCGUCCAAGCAGACAUGACUACAUCCACUAGUGAGCUCCAGGAGACCUACAAGCAGCAGGGCUUCCUCUCAGGCCUGCCGGUGCUGACUGAGACCGAGCUGAGGGAGGCCACGCUCGCCUUUUCCGAGCUGGAGAAAGAAUUUGGUGAGAACUACACCAAGUACAGCCUCCAUAAUGUUCACCGUCAGUAUCCUUGGGUAAUGGACCUAACCAAACACCCCCGCAUCUUGCAAGUGGUGCAAGCCAUCGUGGGCCCUGACGUCAUCCUGCUGGACUCCCGCUUCAUCUGCAAAUAUCCAACCCCCAAACCCAGCAGCACUCAGGGCCAUGAGGAUGAGGAGCUGCCGUAUGUGGCUUGGCAUCAGGAUAUGCGGUAUUGGGGUAUCGCUGGUGGGCCCGUUCUGUCUGUGUGGCUCGCUCUUGAUGACUCGGUGAAAGAGAAUGGAGCCCUUCGCGUUAUACCAGGAAGCCACUGUUCUGGCCUAUUGCCCCAUCACCAAGCCGUACGGCCUGGAAACAUGCUGACUGUCAACCAGGAGAUCCCGGAGGAGCUUCUUCAAACUGAGGAGGCUGUGCUUUGCCCUCUCUUGGCUGGACAGAUGUCUAUCCACGACGGACUGCUGGUGCACGCCAGUGAUGCUAACACAUCCCAGAAGAGGCGUUGUGGCUUUGUGAUUCGUUACGUUCCCACCUAUGCUUACCCCAUAGAGGAUCCCGACCGUCCCAGGAAAUUCCAUGCAACACAGUUGGUUUGUGGAACAGACCAAUUCAAGCACUUCUCAAGCCAAGCACAAUAAAAUUGUUGUUUUCAAGAGUAAACAAUAUCUGUUGGAC